AUAUAAGUAUUUAUAAGUAAUCUGAAUAGUUCUUCCACCAUAGACCGUAUAUGGGUUAUUCACACUCUGUACCCUGAAUGUACCCUGGAGUUGCGCAUGCGCAGCGCGGUGUACGGAAGCCUGCUGGUGUGUGAAUGCGUGUGUGUGUGUUGGUGCUCCUCCGGUCUCCUCCCGGUGUGUGAGCUGCUCUCUCCCGGUCCUCCUCCUCCUCCUGCUCCUGCUCCUCCUCCUGCCCGGCUCUGAUCCGGCUCCUCUCUCCGCUCUCUGCAUGCUGUGUCUGUGUGACCCGUCGGGACCCGAACCCGGAGCGACCCGGACCUGAGACCUGGACCUGAUCCGUGUGUGUGUCGGUACGUGCUGCUGACAUCUGGAGCCGCUCCGGAUCACCGGGAGGAGGUUCAGUAAUCACCUGGACAGUUUACAGCAGCGUGGGAGCAUCAUGUGGAGGAAGGCCUCGGCGGCGGCGGCCCUGCUGGCGCUGGCUGUCGGUUACUUCUACCACGGCGGCUCAGAGCUGCCGGGAGAAAUCCUCCAGUACAUCAACCUGCCCAACGUCCAGACGGUGUCCCAGAGUCCCAGCAGCCUGGAGACCAUCAUCUCCUCCGCCUGGGAGACGCUCAUCACCCUGCCCACCAGGCAGUGGAGCCGAGUGGCCGUCGGGGUGAACGCCUGUGUGGACGUGGUGGUCUCUGGAGUCGGCCUGCUGCAGGCUCUGGCUGUGGAUCCCGGUUCUGGUCUGGACCACGAGGUCCUGCACUCUAAAGAGGACCUGAAGGAGGCCUUCAUCCACUACAUGGAGCGCGGCGCGGCUGCAGAGAGAUUCUUCAGCGACAGCGAGGUCUUCCAGAGGAUCGCACGGGCGGCUGCAGAGUACCCCGGAGCCAAGCUGUAUGUUGGAGGAAACGCUGCGCUCAUCGGUCAGAAGCUCGCCACCUACUCCGACCUGAUGGUCCUGUUAUGCGGCCCGGUGGGUCCUAAACUCCACGAGCUGCUGGACGAGCAGAUCGUCGUCCCCCCAGAGUCUCUGCAGGAGACGGACGAGUUCCACCUCAUCCUGGAGUACAAAGCAGGAGAGCAGUGGGGCUCCACUCAGGCUCCUCAGGCCAACCGCUUCAUCUUCUCCCACGACGUGUCCAACGGCGCCAUGAGCUCGCUGGAGACCUUCGUGGCGAGUCUGGAGGAGUUUGAGCCGGAGCUGGUGGUCCUGUCGGGGCUCCACAUGAUGGAGGGGCAGGGCCGAGAGCUGUGGGAGGAGCGGCUCAAAGAGGCUGUUUCAGCCAUUUCUGACAUCCGUAAAGAUAUCCCCAUCCACCUGGAGCUGGCCAGCAUGACGGACAAAGACUACAUGAACCGCAUCAUGCAGGAGCAGGUUAUGCCCAUAGUGAGCUCCAUCGGGCUGAACGAGCAGGAGCUGCUCUUCCUGUCUCAGGCCGGCGAGGGGCCGCACGCCGAGCUGGCGGCGUGGAAAGGGAUCCCCGACGUGGGCCGGGUCAGCGACAUCCUGCUGUGGGUGCUGGAGCAGCACGGCCGCAGCGAGCCGUCCUCCGAGGCCGACCUGACGCGCAUCCACUUCCACACGCUGGCGUACCACAUCCUGGCCACGGUGGACGGUUACUGGGGCAACCAGGCGGCGGCGGUGAUGGCGGGGGCGCGGGUGGCGAGCAGCCAGGCGUGCGGCCUGCAGACGGUGGACGUCAGCAAGGUGGAGCUGAAGGCGCCGCUGGAGUUCUACAGCUCGCACACGGAGCCGCGGCAGAAGCUGAGGCUGAACCCGGAGCAGCCCGCCACCGUGUGGCGCCGCGGCAACGUCACCUUCCACAUGACGGCCGUGCUCGUCUGCAAACAGCCGCUGCGGACUGUCGGGCUCGGGGACGCCAUCUCCGCCGAGGGGCUCAUGUACUCGGAGCUGCAGAGCCCGCAGCCGUUCUGAUGCGGCGCCGUCUGUCCGGACGCCUGCGGCCGCCGGCUCGCCGUCUCCUGCGUCUUCCUCCUCCGAAGCUCCACGAGGUAACGAAGCGACCGAUAGUUAGAUUAUAAAUCCUGCCUGAUGACUCCUCCGGCCCGCUCGGCCUCCCUCCUCCCUCCUCCGCUCCUCCAGAGCGCCGGGGCGUGGCGGGGGCGGGGGCGCGGCGCCGGGCGGCGAGGCCACCUGACUCUAUGCACCGGCCGCAGCUCACAGCCGUCUCCACUAACUCCAAAGAGUUCUGUUGGCUCUCCUGAUUUCCUUUGACCUGCAUAUCUUCAUAUGCUGUGCCUUGAGAAGAGAAGAGAAGUUUAACUUUAGAUUAUUUUAUUCACAUUUUAGAGCCAAAAACAAACUAAAAGCGAAGCAUCACGUCAGUAAACCUGCAGAGAAAGACGAUAGAUCAGCACACGUGUUGGCAUUUUAUGUUUCUGCAAACCACAGAUUCAUUAAUAUGAGACGUUCUUCUGUCUGAAGACGAAGCGAUAUGAUGUUACAACCAUCAGGUGGACGGGACCAGACACCUCCGAUUCGUUCUGGUCAGACUAAAUUCUCAUUGGUUGGAUGAUCGCUGCUGUUCAUGUGUCCAACAAAGUGUUUUUUUCAGCUCUUUGGAGCCAAAGAGUUGUUUUUCCUUUCAGUUAAGAGCCAUGCAUUAAAAACUUGGCUCAUCUAUUGCAAAGAGAGUUAUUGUUUGGGUUCAAAACAUGCAGCUGCAGAAAGUCAGUGCACGCCAUGAUCACCUGGGCAGAAAACAGGCUUUUAUUUCUGGCGCCACCUGCUGUUACCCUCCAACAUCACAGCUCCUGUUAAACUGUACGUGUUGUACACUGCAAAUUAUUUGCUUACCAACAUAAAAAAAACUUAGAUUUAGAAGUGUUGGAUAAUUUAUUUUGUUUUAAGAGUUAAUUUCUUAUUUAGAGUGUUCAACAUCCCUCAGAUUUAGUGUUUUUAUCUUCUUUUUAGACACCCUUCCUUUUUUUUUUUUAAGAAAAUGGGAUUAAGCUCUCCGCUAACUUGAAUGAGAAUUAAACAAUUUAAUCCAACAACUCCUCUGUUUUCGGGCCGAAUGGAUCAAAUUUUGUCUGUAAAAUGAGUCAUUUUGUGGGUUGUGAUGACCGAAAAUAACUCUCCACUCAGACAGACGGCUGCAGAGUGAAAAUGCUCGUUUCUUGUGUUGGAAAUAAAAACUAAAGCUGCCCUCAGGAACACUUGUAGGUAGAGUUUGCUCCGGCAUUGUGGCUGAUUUAGUAACUCUAGCAUGCAGAUUUUUUCCCACAUCGACCGAUCGAAGGAUGAGUCAGUGACUGUUAAGAUUUUUGGGUAAGAAAACCAACCCUGGAGUAGGGCUGGGCGAUACGAACCAGAAUUCAUAUCCCGAUAUAUUUAGGCUGAAUAUCGAUAUACGAUAUAUAUCCUGAUAUUUUUAUCACAAAGUGAGAGCAAAUGUUCAGUCAAAGUCAAAUAUGACAUGUCACAAGUUGUUUGAUUGAAACCGUUUAUUUAAGUGAACAUAAAUACUGUAUAACAACAGGAGAACCUUUUAAAAAAAAAUCAAAGCUCCAUAAAGUGCACAUUUAAAUAAAAAAAAUCUCUUACAUAAAAAUAACCUACGAAAUAAAAUAGGCCAAUCUUUUUCUGAAAUAAAUAUAUUAAUAUGAGAAAAGAAUAACGAACAUUACAAAAUAACUAAAUAUGACAAACCCUAGUAAGGGCAGCAUUUAUAUAUAAAGAAAGAAAAAAAAUUGAAUAUCGAUAUAUGCGUUAUGGUCUAAUUCCAUAUCACAUUUAAAAAUAUAUUGAUAUAUUUUUUAUAUCGAUAUAUCACCCAGCCCUACACUGGACUUUAAACUGCGGACGGUGUUAGUGACCUGUUGCUGAAAGUUAAAUCUGGAAUUUGUGUUUUUUUUUGUUUUUUUUUAUCUAACCCUGUCAUUUUCACAGAAUUCUAACCAAAGUGUUUUUAAAGCUUUUAAAGCAGCGAUCAUCCCAUGUUAGAACGAGAACGGGUUGCAGCCGUUCUGUAACCUUUAAAUUCUACAUAUUUGUGGUUAUAAAUGUGGAGAUUUUGUGGUUUGCAGAAGCGUACGAUGCCAACACGUCCUGCUGACAUAAAUAUUCACUCCCAUAUAAAUGUCUCUGUUUGACUGGAAGCUGGUGAGCGUCUGACUGUAGCUUCAGUGCUUCUUGAUGUUCUGUGUUUCAUUAACGUCUCUUAGUGUCUCCGUCACUCAGCUCGCUCCUCUUCACCUCUAAUAACUGUUAAACUAGAUAAUAAAUACUUGACAUUUCUGGAGUUUGUUUCCUGAGAGGAAGAGGAAGAGGACCACAGCGUUUUAGUUUCCUCAGUCGGAUAUAAAGAUGUUAAAGUUUGUAAACGCUCCAUAAAAACCCUCAUUAAUAAAUGGUAAAUUAGCAGUUAAUUACACUUACUAUUUAGUAUUUAUUUUACUGUAAAAAAAGUUUUUUAAAGGUUUGAAAAAUGUCAAAUUCUUUCUGCUGUGAAACUAAUCACCUACAUUUUAAAUUUAAUUUUAGAUAUUUAACAUUUAUCUGAAUGGGAAAGUUUUUUGGUUCCCACUAGUUUCUUUUUGAAGAAUUAUUGGUUAUUACAAACUUUGGUCUAAGGUCGGAAAAAAGUAAUUAAUUGUGUUAAAUCAGAUUUAUCAGUUUAUUGUUGCUCACAUUUUAACAAUGUGGUUAUUUUUGCAACAAAUAUUAUCUAUUUAAAUAAAAAUGUAUGUAUUUACCAUUUAACAAUGUAUUAUAAUCGUCAUUUUGAACUUCAUCAUGCCAUUAAAAUUAUUUUAUAUCAAUUAUUUUUUAAUAGAUGUUUUACAAAUGAUUUAGUAAAAAAUCGCCAAAUAGAUAAAAACAGAUACUUUAAAUAGUUAUAUAGUAUAAAAUGUUAUAAUGUGUGCAACAAUUAACUGUUAAAUAGCAAAGUAUAACUAUAUCAUAAUUAUUAUAUUAUAACAACUAAUAUGUUAAUUUUAUUUAUUUCCCUUAAAUCUUUUUUUCCUUUGAAGUCCAGGAAAUAUUUGCUAAAUUAUGUCAUUUUGGUGUACAAUUAAAGGAAAAUCGAUGAAUUUUUUAAUAUUUUAUUUAAAUUUUUCAAUAACAAUAAAAUAGUAGUUAACAAAAGUUUGAUUAAUGGCCAAUUUACCAUUUAUUCAUAAGGGUUAUUAUUAUGUGUUACCUGGUUAUUAUAGAGUUAUUUUAGUCGCUGUUGCUUAUAAAUUACUGAUGCAGAAAAAGUUUAAUUUUACAAAUGCAAACGUUGUUUCUUCGUGCAGUAAAACUCAGUUUACAAACAUGUCGACUAAUUAAUUCUGUUGGUGAUAAAGUCAGUUAAAGGUACAAUAAAGUUUAGGUCACAUGUUUUCAGGGUUACUGUAUUCGUUAUUUUCUGUUUUGAUGUAAAGAUGAAUUUCUUUCUGUCAUUUUUUAAAAUGUGAUUUUAACCUGAUCGGCUGGAAAAUCUUAAAAGCUGGCCAGUGAAACAAAACUGCAAGAGAAGCUUCCUGUAGGAACAUUUUGCUUUUUCAUGUUCUUGUUUUUAUUUUCUCUCUGAGCUUAUUUGGGAUCUGGGGGCGUUACUGUUGGAACAAUGUAUCCGUAUACCUCACAUGGCCACUGAAGGCAUGCAAUAAUGGAGUCUUAAUGCAAACAUCCAGCACAGACGUGUGUGGCAUUUUGUUUUAGCAGAAUUAAUUCUUUGCACUAGUACGAAGUGGUGCAGGUGUGCCUGCAAAGGUGAAUGUAACCUGAACUCCGAACCCCCCCUUUAUUUUUAGCAAGUACAAUCUAUUCAUCUUCACUCAUUCUCUAGUUUGUGUCUCAUGUUUUUAACUUUUGUUACUUUUGUCGACAAGUUUCAUUUACUUGUAGUCUGUCAUUAAAAAUAUCUAUGGAGAAUA